AUGGCAUCAAAUGUACAUGAAAACGAGGUUUUCAAGGAUUUUCCAGAUUGGGAAGAUUAUGUGAGAGCCUUGCGGAAGAGUAUUGUGCAAAGCUUCCUUGAUCAAUUUGAUGCACUGUUGAAUAAGGCAGACCUCAUCGAGGAGCAAUCCAUGAGUUGUUUGUUAGCUGGAUUGAAACCAGACAUAGCUGUUCGAGAGAAAUUUUUAGGUGCUAGAACCUUGAUGAAAGCAUAUGGUCAAGCCAAACUCAUUGACAAAGAGCUAAACUUACUAGAGACUAACAACACCAACCUGAUAGCCAAUUUUCUUAGUAACAAAUCCAACUACCCUAGAAACAACUACUAUCCCAAAAAAAAUUAUCCUCCUAUAUUACCCAAUCCAAAUUCUGCUACUAGUCAACCUUAUAAAUCUAACACAACUAAAAUUUUUCCUGCCAAACCAUUCUCUAAACCAACCAGAAUUUUGAGUAGUACUGAGAUGGAUGAGAGGAGAUCUAAGGGCUUAUGCUAUUGGUGUGAGGAGAAAUAUGUGCCAGGCCAUAACUGUAGAAAAGGGAAACAAUUAUAUCUGUUUGAAGUAGAAGAGGGAGAUGAUCAUAAUGAGGAAGUAUAUCAUGAGGUGGAGGAGGAACUAAGAAUUGAGGAAGAAGGAAGAAGCACUUAUAAUUUUAUUGAUUAUGAAGCAGCUAAGAGGUUAGGUUGCCCCUUGAAAACCGUUCCUGCUAUUCCUAUAGCUAUAGCUAAUGGUAGCAAGGUUAUGAGUUCAUAUAUAUCUGGUGGAUUCAGCUGGAAGAUGCAAUCAGUAGAAUUUUCCUCGGAUAUGUUAAUAUUAGCAUUAGGAGGAUAUGAUGUAGUACUAAUAAUACAAUGCAACUUAAAAUGGAAUUCAUGGUGGGAAAAUCAGAAGGUUUCUUUGAUAGGAAGUCAACCAACUGAGACUCAACUAGUUGACAAUAAGCAAAUUAAGAAGUUAAUGCAGAAACCUGCUCAAUUAGCUAUGAUGGCCAUUACAAUGGUCACAAUCAAGCAUGAGAAGGCACAUGAGUUGAAUUCACAAGAGGUGAGUAUUCCUAGACUUGUACAACAUGUCAUUGAUAGAUAUUCCUCUAUAUUUGAAGCUCCCACAUCCUUACCAUCUCAUAGAGUGCAUGAUCACAAGAUAGUAUUAAAGGAAGGGGUGUCCCCUGUUAAUGUGAUACCUUACAGAUAUCCAACUAUACAGAAGGAUGAAAUUGAGAAGCAAGUGCAGGAAAUGUUAGAUUCUGGUGUUAUAAGACCAAGUGUCAGUCCCUUUUCAUCUCCUAUACUGAUGGUAAAAAAGGAGGAUGACUCUUGGAGGAUGUGUAUUGAUUAUAGAGAAUUGAACAAACAUACUGUUAAAGACAAAUUCCCCAUACCAGUUAUUGAGGAACUACUAGAUGAAUUGGGAGGAGCUCAGUUUUUUACCAAAUUGGACUUAAGAUCUGGUUACCACCAGAUCAGGAUGUUGGAUCACUUAGAACAUUUAGAAGUGACUUUCAAGAUACUGCAGCAUCACAGUUUAUUUGUCAAGCUCAGCAAAUGCUCUUUUGCUCAGAAAAAGGUGGAAUAUUUGGGACACAUAAUAUCUAGAGGAGGAGUAGCUGCCGAUCCAAAAAAGGUGCAAGGUAUGCAAGAGUGGCCCUCACCAAGAACAAUUAAAGCACUUAGGGGUUUCUUGGGUCUCUCAUGGUAUUACAGAAGGUUGAUAAAGGGGUAUGGUAUUGUUGCUCGACCUCUUACUAAUUUGCUCAAAAAAGAUGCAUUCAAAUGGUCACCAGAAGCUGAGAAGAGUUUUCAGCAAAUGAAGACAAUUCUAAUCUCUCCUCCUGUGCUGGCACUUUUGGAUUUCACUAUAGAGUUUCUUAUUGAUGCUGAUGCAUGUUCUGUAGGUGUGGGUGCUGUUAUGAUGUAA